ACUUUAGGGGUGGGACAUGCAAGAGGUAAAAAGACACACAGCUGUGUUAUUUUAUGUUUACACCUGACACAGCAGGACAGCAGCCAUACCUGAAGUAAACUGACGAGAUGGCGUAUUCCACCAGCACUCUUGCUGCUGGCAGCUUUGGGAAGAUCUACAGGGAGAAGUACAAUGACACCUGGGCUGCAAUCAAGAAGGUGCCACAACACUUAAUCAAUAGGAGAGACCUGGAGAGAGAGUGUCAAGUAUACAAUAAGGCAAUUCAUCCUAACAUAGUGAAGCUUCUGGGUAAUCCAACACUCAAGGACUCUAAGUGGAUCAUCCCCAUGGAGUUCAUCUUUGGAGAAGAACUGGAGACAACCAUCUUCAAAUCACAAACAUCUCAAAUCCAGUUGACUCCAUCUAUAAAGGCCACCAUCAUCACAGGCAUGUGUGAAGGACUACUUUAUCUACACAGCAAAGAUAUUGUCCAUCAGGACCUCAAGCCUGACAACAUCAUGGUAGAGCAUGACACUCACCGAGCUGUGAUCAUUGAUAUGGGACUGGCCAAAUUCUUCCGCAAUGGCCUAAAUUCUGCUAUGGAUAUGGGCAACGAGGCCUACUCUCCCCCUGAGGUCCUGCAGAGGCGGGGCCAGCGAGAUCAGCGCUCGGACGUGUGGGCUAUGGGUAAAAUCAUUGCCGAACUCUGUGCCAGAGUCAGGCUGCACACCCCCAGCGUCUGUCCAACUAAGAUCCAGGAGACCCUCAGUCUCCAAGGCCAGCAGUACUGUAACGCUGUCUGUAGGAUGGUGCAGAGAGACCCCACAAUGCGAGCCACCAUGGCUGGAAUCAUGCCGGAGAUACAAAGGGCAGGGGUAGAUGGCGGUGGCGGCAACACCGGGAGGCAGAAAAGAGGACAUCUUCUGACACCCUUUCCUCACACUCAGGUAAAAAAUGCAUUGCCACGUCCUCAAGCUCCUGUACAGCGUUCACCAUCUCCAUCGAGAUUUGAGCGCAGUGCUUUACCAAUGCCUGAGGUUAAGACAGUAGUGCCAGCUCCUGUGCAAGCGCCUUCUCCAUCGAGAUGGGAGCGGGCAGCCUUGCCAAAGACUGAGGUCAGGAACUCACCAUCUCCCCUUUCAAAGGUAGACCAGGGUAAUGCUCUGUUUCCAUCAGGCAUAACUCAACCCAGUCAAGAUGUCAUGAAACAGCUUCUCUACAAAGAGGCAUCGAGGGGUCUCCCAUGCCCACUCCCCACGACGGGAAAGGUGCGAAUCCGCCGCUAUGAGCAAAGGAAUGGGGAAGAGGAGACUUGGGAGCAAAAGGAGGUGGUGACUGAAGGAGGGAGGAUAGUCAAGUUUGAGGAUGUGAUGUUUAACAACAAGACGUAAGAAGGUUAUUGAGAGGUUGUGAAAUAGUUGGGAGUUGAUUGGACUGUGCUUCUCCAGAGCAUUGGCCACACCCCUUCCGUCCUUCAAUGUAAAAGUCUGACAUGUUUCUGAAAAAGGUGAAAGACUGUAUUUGGGACAGGGGCUAAACUAAUGGAAUAAUUCUAAUGUCCAGUGAAACUACACCAUGUAACCACACAUUUACGAAUUUUCUUACUACGGUAGACUAAAUGUAUAUACUGUAUGAAUAUAUAUAUAUAUAUAUCUCAACAACAAUAAAAGUUGUAUUGCACUGUUAAGAAGGAAACCUAAGGUUGAGUAAGGAUUCAUGAAUGAUGUUUGAAGGACUAUAUCAAUUUACAGUAUUGCUACACUAACUAUCUGUGAACGUUUUUGAAAUCUCAUCCCUCUUGCAAAUCAGUUGUAUCUUUAGCUUGAUAUACAUUUGACUGUGAACAUAAUAAAAAACAUUUGUUUUGUAUCA